AUGAGCACCUCGACAGCGCCAAUCCAUCAGCCUGGUACCGCGGAUGGUUGGCAUGGCGUCAUUCGACCGGAUAGUGAAUACCCCCCGGAGAAGGGCCGUUAUCACCUUUACAUCGGCCUUUUCUGCCCCUUCGCCCACCGUGCCAACAUUGUCCGCCACUUGAAAGGAUUGACGGACAUAAUCGACAUCUCUAUAGUUUGCCCUUAUCCAAAGGGCGAUUCAAAGGGUUGGCCGGGAUGGAGAUUCCCAAAGACUGACGACGAAUACCCCAACGCCACAGUGGAUAAGCUCUUUGGCAGUGAAUACAUGCAUGAGGUCUACUUCAAAGCAGAUAAGGAGUACAAGGGAAGAUACUCGGUUCCUUUACUCUGGGAUACAAAAACAAACACAGCAGUCAACAAUGAAAGUGCAGAGCUUCUUCGAUGGCUUCCGACUGCGUUCAACUCAUUGAUUUCCCCAGAACUUGCCAAGAUCGAUCUCUACCCCCAGCAUCUUCGCUCACAAAUUGACAGCAUUUCAGAGUGGAUGCAGCGUGAUUUGAACACUGGCGUGUACAAAGCUGGCUUUGCAAACUCCCAGGAAGAAUACGACAAAAACGUGAUUCCUGUCUUCGGCUCAUUGAACAAAUUGGAGGAAAUCGUAGCCAAUAAUGGCGGCCCAUUCGUACUUGGCAAAGAGUUGACUGAACUGGACAUCCGCCUGUAUGCAACCCUGAUUCGCUUCGAUACCGUCUACGUGCAGCACUUCAAAUGCAACCUGGGGACCAUACGCCAUGACUAUCCAGUGCUCAACAAUUGGCUCAAGCACAUGUACUGGAAUAUUCCUGCAUGUAAAGAGACAACGGACUUCAAACAUAUCAAGGAAAACUAUACAAAGAGUCACUAUGACAUCAACCCGAAAGCCAUCACACCAAUGGGUCCGUUUCCCGACGUCGAAGAAGGUGUAGAAACCGACAUUUCAAAGCUUAGAAUCGGUGGAGUCAAAUUAUCAGCAGUGCUUGAAUACCAGGCCAAGCUAUAG